AUGACCGUCUGGAAAGCACUCAAGACUCCUCAGCUUGGAGUAGGUGCGUAUAACGAAAUAUUUUUGAUUAGUUUCGGAAAUCUUUUCUCAUGUCACGAUCAUUGAUCGAGGAAAGUGUUACACGGCGCUCUGCCAUUUCUACUUGUAAUACUUGGUCAUUUCUUUAGUUAUCUACAACUAUCAUGGCAAAGGGAUGUAUCAACUACAACUUCAGCUUGGUGAGACUGUCCAGAUACUCGAGGAGAGCUCAGGUACGAAUAUGAUUUAAUUUGAGCGUGGCAUGAAAACUGAAAGUUUCCUUUGUAGCUCAACGAUGAUCAUCAUACAUUUUCUGCAGGAAAAGCACAUCCGGUCUGUCCGUGCAUGAGGGAACUUAAAUUCUCAUCAUUUUGCUUCUAAAAAAGAAACCCACUGAGAUCUUAUUGAAGAAAUUCAACCAACAGACUUCCUGAAUGACCUUGUUUUGCAUUUUCCCUUUGGGGGGUGGGGCUUCAUACCAAACCUCUUUUGAGGGGAGCAGUAGGUCAAACUACUCUGAAUCCUUAUGAAUGAGGACGAUUGUAAAAACUAAGCUUUAAGAAACAAAACAACAACAGCAUCAACAAUAAUAACAACAAACAACAAAAAAUCAACGCUACUUUCAGCUCAGUGUAGAAAGGUUUCAGUUGAAUGGUCACAAAAUUGGUCCAAGCAUAUAAAGAUUUUAGGGUAGGAAGUGGAAGAGGGGUGGGGGAUUGCAAGAGUAAUACCUGAACAAAUAUAUUGCCUCUAAAAUCGGCUCUAACUUUGGAGGUGAUUGAUGUAGACAUUCCAACCCUCCCGAUUCAAUUGGAAGUCUCCCGAAUUGUUGUUUUGUCUCCCUCUCUGCUGAUUUUUAUCAGAUUCUCCCGAUUUGUCAUGAAUUUCUGAUUGAAAAUCUUUGUUUUUUUAUUGCAAUCUGAGGGCCAGACAUUAUAUAUUACACUUUCCUCUUGCAUAAUGUCUCACAGUACAAUUCUCAACUUGAGAGAACCUAACUUUGCAAAUUAAUUUUCUAGGGCAACUAGCCUUCAGCGCUCUUUUUAAAUGUAGCUCUUCCAGAGCUAAAAGAGUCUCCUUAUUUUCCUUCAAAGGGGGUUGGAAUGUCUCUUGAUGUGUCACGGAAAGGUCAGCUAAUUUGCUAGUACUUACUAUUGAACUGUUCCUUACAUUGUGAACCUGCUCUGUUUUAUGUCAUUCCACAUGGAUUUAGGAUGGUACAGAGGAUUUUCAUUGAGAAAAAAAGCUAACAAGGUCCGUAUUACUUUAUUGAGCAGUUUGUGUAACUCAAUCCUUAAUUUUAUCAUAACCAUUAUAUACCUGCCAACUUUUUCUGAGAAAUAAGCGUGAGAUUUUUAUCCUGGGAGUGCUGGGAUUUUUGAAGACGACACGAUCAUUUCCGAAGAUUCCCGAAGAAGUCCAAAGUCUUCCGAAGACGUCCGAAGUCUUCCGAAGACGUCCGAAGUCUGCCGAAGUCUGCCAAAGGCGAGCUCGCUCCCAGUGCUUUUCACUUCAAAAAUCAGAGAUCGCGAGGAAGGUAUUGCCAUUUAUUCAUUUUACACAUGGUUUUCUUUCCUUACAUGGGUCUGAGUUAACAUAUUUUUGGAAAUUGUGUCAAGGAGGACGGCAACAACUCACAUUUUUCAAUCAGGCGUGAGAAAUUGGCCCACAGGCGUGAACCGGCGUGAGAUCGAAGUUUUCAACCCGCAGGCAUGAGACUCACGCCUAAGGCGUGAGAGUUGGCAGGUAUACCAUUAAAGGAGAUCCCGAGUGUUGAGGUCACUCUGUAGUGCAUUAAAUGGAUAACCAAUAGACCUUUUUGGCUUCUAUAUUUUGUUUUUCCAUUUCAGACCACAUGAUGGUAACCCAGAGAACCGUUUCUUUCAAAAUGUUAUCCCAUGUAUGUGCAUCCACAUGCAUACCAUGCAUAAUAAUCGUUUGGGAAAAGACAAAAGGCAAAUUCCCUGGAGAACAUCACAUAGCAGGGCUUGAAAUUAAAAAAAUGUCUGGUCGCAAAUUUGCGACUAGUUACGAAAAUUUGGUCACAACUUUGAAAAUGUUAGUCGCGAAAUUAAUUGAGGCUAUUUAAUAAAGAAGUAAGUAGGCUUUUAAAUGUUUAACGCUUUAAUUUUCAUUCUUUCAACAGCUUUCAUGUCAUUUCGAGACUUAAUAGUACAGAACGUUUAGCAUCUCGGACAACACCAGUUCAUCUAAACGAUCAAGUUGAACCUGCGUUAAGGCACAUAAAUUAGUGUCUGUUAUUUUAGUCAAAGCGAUAGAUUUCCAAAUCAAGAACAGAUAUUGCAGCAGGAAACUGCAGUUCUUAAAUGCCUCCAAUCUCUGCAAAAUAGCAAUAACAUUUGUACUAGGCGGACAUCCGACACGGUUAUAGGUUACGUUACGUAACUAAAUUCCUUUAGUUUUACCUUUUGCAGGUUUUCCACUGAUGACAAAACAAGUAACGAAUUCUUUUAUAUAUUAAGCUUUACAUCUGAAGUAUCAGGGGUGUUACUACGGUGAUUAUUCAAAGAACCCUGAAGGACUGAAUCAUUCAAUACGACGAUACGUGCCAUGCGGACAUUCCGCCAUCUUUGUUUGCUAAACUUCGUUUUCAUGUAUACGUAGAUUCGCAACACACUUGGAACCGAUUUAUUUUACAUGUAACUCUUUUUUUUUUAAACUAACCGUUACUGUCAAACGAAGAAACAAUGAAGCCUUAAGUACUCAUUUUUUACCAACGAAAGUUAUUGACUCCAGUUUUUUCUGCUUGUUUCUGUUCCUUCGAUCUUGCUCAGUGACUAACGACUGUCAGCGGCAAAUCAAAACGAAAUAUGAGCCUGCAAUGUCCCGCUGAAAAUGGCGUGCUUUUGAAGGAAUAUCGUUGCGUGUAUGCAUUCCCGGUAAAUUACGGUAAACCUUCAGAUUGUAACAAAAUUAUAAGACGCUACUUCAAUGAAUCUUUUUAUUUCUAAAUUUAUUUAAGCAAAAAUUCAAGUGCUAGUCCUUUUAUUUCGUAUCAGUUAAGGCAAAACCUAGUCGCAAAUUUGCGACUACUCUCGUUUUUCUAGUCGCAAAUAAGAAAAAUUAAGUUGCAAAUGCGACCGUAUCAGUCGCAAUUUCGAGCCCUGCAUGCAUAGCCUGAAUAAUUUUGGGAAAACGAAACAUACAAUCUAAAAUCUAUUGUGUAGCGUGUUGCUGUUUAAACUGACAUUUGCCAAAAUUAUAAGUUUUCUGACCCUAAAAGAUUUUUACAUAGAUUGUUGCAACUCCCUUCCUGUCCUUGUCAAAAGUAAGAGCUUCAAUUGCAACUCUGCUCUUGUGAUAUACAGUAUAUUUAAAAUUUCAGAAUAAGAGAUGCAAUGCAUGCUCAAUAGGGCAUUUGGAAAGAUUUUAUUAGGACAGAUUGGGAUAAUUCCCGGCCUAAGUAAGUAAGUAGGGUACAUAACUGAGUUUAUUACAUUAAGUGUUAGUCUGAUCUAUCCAGAAAUGUUCUGUUCAUUUUCAGGGUAUAUUUCCCAAGACAUAUAUCUAUGUCAAGAAUGACAAGGAUGAGUCCUCAAGGUAUCAUUUUGUUACUUUGGGAAUAUGUUAUAAACCCUCAGUACUUAUGACAAGCCUUUUGAGAAAGUCCAUAAUAUUUAUUGGUAAAUUGUACAUGAUUUUUCAAUAGGUGUAUUAUGCAGCAAUUUGGAGUUAGUUGAUUUCUCGAGAGUAGAUUUGGCAUAGACCACUUACUGCUUUGUUAUAAAUAAUUAAUGUGGUAGUUUAGAAUGAAAUUCAAGUUUAAUUACCUAAAAUGAAUCAAAAUUGACUAGCCCUAAUAUUCAUAAUAGGUUAGGAGUUGGGAGUCGAAGAUAUUAUUAUUAUAUCAUUAUAUCACUGAGUUGACACAACUUGUCCACUUGUACAAGCUGUAGAACAUACUGGUAUUUUUCCACUUGAUCUUGAUGACAGUAUUGGAGGUGAUUGCUAAUGAAUAGGGAUCACAGACAAAGGGAAUUGAAUUUGCAACCUUUUUUUUAACCUUUUUGCUUUUUGACUGAGACGUGACAAGAUUAUUUUGUUACUCUCACUUUUUAACCUUUGAGAAAGCAGAUAUCAUUUUACAAUGCAACCAUGGGUUUCUCUGCAAAAUGACUUCUGAGGAACAAUCAAAGAAAUUCCAUUCUGAUGAGGUGUUGCCACCCAGGUCUGGGUAGUGCUUUGGAUUUAUUGAAAGUUUGCUUCAACCAAUCAAAAGCCCUACCCAGAUAUGGGAGGUGAUACAUCAUCAGUAUGGAAAUUUUUUUGUUGCUCCUUGGACGUCAUUUUGCAGAGAAACCAAUAGUGGGGUAGCAAAAUGUUGCCUUUUUUCCUCAGGCGACAAUAAAUGCAAAAUCCUGUGUCAAAUGUUAAAACAACUUAGAAAGAUGAGGCUUUCACAUGAUUGCAUUUGCAACAUGGUUGUGAUUAAGGUGACGUACGAUUUCAAACCUUGAUCCAUGGAUUUGUUGUUUUCAGUGAGGCAGAAAGUGUUUUCAAGGAAGAGGCCCUUGUUGAAGAACUUACUUCUGUCCUCAGGGAAUGGGGGGCCAUGUGGAAGCUAUUGUAUCUGGUACGACUAUUUUAAAUUAUUGCUACAUAAUUGUACAGUACUUGUGACAAAUUUUACUGUUUUGAACCUUUAAAAGUUAAAUGGGGUCUUAACCGUGUCCCUGUUACACAGUAUUAAGGGUGUCAAUAAGAUUUUAAGUUAGGUCGGUGUAGCUGGUUGGUAGGAAUUGGAAUGUUAGUACAUGCAAGUCCCUUUGCUUUUUUUCUUAAUUUAUUUUCCGGGGGUGUAUUUUUAUUUGGCAGGGGUCAUGCUUAUGGUAAAUCCCUGGCCCACAGCUCUUAGUGACAUCCCCACAGGGUUCUAACAUACCAUAGAAAUCAAACAUAGAACAUAUCUUGCAGUGUUUUGAUCAUUGCAGCAUACAUUGAAGAGUAGAAUCAUCUUUUUCUAAAUGAGUGGUAAUGCCAUAACAAAUUUUUAUACAUUGCAAGACAAAAAAAUUAUGGGGAUCAGUGAAGAUGCAGCAAGUGGCAAACAUGAGCACAAUAUUAAAUUAAGUUGUGCAAAAGUGCAAGAGAAGUUGCUUUGUACACCAUGACCUUAACUUAAGAGUUUCAAGUGAUUUUCUUAUAGAGGAGAGAGGAGGCCCUGUUUCAUGAUGUAAAAAAACUGAUGCUGGAAUUAAUGGAUUGGCGGCGGCAAAUCCUAGCUAAGGCGCUUCCUGUUGUAAGUACAUGUCGAUUUAUUUAUAGGACUUUUUUUUAAUGAUAAAUAAAUAAAUAAGGGUCACAAUAAUGGUUUUAAAGUACAGUGCAGUGUGUUUAAUCAAGUGAACGUUGACCCUUUUUAACACAGUCUGCACUGCUGUGAUUAACUCUUUUCUUUCCCUUUUUUACAUAAGCGCCAUGAGCUCAGGAUAUGAGCGCUACGUACAUGUAAAUAAAAUUAUUCUUAUUAUUAUUAUUAUUAACUCUUAUUGAUAAACUGAUGGUGGUAACUGAGCCUGCUGUACCAAGUGCACACUGCUAUUAAGCCUCAGUUAGCAACAAGCAGCGCAUGGUCCACCGAGAUCUUACUCGAUUCACGCAGAGUCUCUCUUGAGUAUGCCAAUAUCAAGCAAGCAAAAGAAAGGCUCUGCCAGCCAGCAGGGUGGAUUAUAUCAUAUACGUACAGUUUGUAAAGCCUGCUCUUGUCAUUAUUGGUUUGUAAAUGUGUCAACUUGCUUUUGACGGUGUGCAAAGAAAGUCGUGUCUGAUAGACCAGGACUAGUGGAUUUUGUUAUCAGGCUAGUGAUUUUUGUUCUCAACUUGCCCGACAGUGCUGUGUUUUGGGGGAAAUUCAAAUUACAGAAGGAUUGUAAUCAAUACUGCUAAUCAAAAAGGGUUUUUGGGCUAGUUGAAAUGACUUGUGGGCUAGUACAUGCUAACUACAGCUUGAAUGGCAGGCUGUAAAACUGACUUUCUUUGCACCCUGUUUUGAUCAUCAGUACUGGGGUGUUGGAAUAAUAACCUAAAAUUCGCUGCCAGUGACAACUACAAUUGGCAACAAAAUUGUUGAGACAUUGUCAUCAAAUGGGUUAACUACAGAGAACAAUACAAUCCACACCUAUCCCCCUCUCCCUGAUCCCCCUCCCCUCCAUUCAAAGUUGGGAUGUUGGGGUGUGGCACGUCAUUGUGUCAAGGGGGUGUGGAAGGGAAAGCUUUGUUUUCCUCAUUUUAGGUCCUCUGGGGUGAUUAAUUUUGUCGGUGAUUGUUGAUGUUAUUAAGUGGGUCAAUUAUCGUAUUAAAAUUUGUCUUUUUAGGACCAGUUGAAGCAACUAAAGCAGAAAGUUACUCAAACAAUAGACUAUGGAAACAGGUACAGUUGUACAGUUGUACAAUAUUACACAAUUUUUUUUACUUGGUUGACAUGUCAGUGUUUCAGUGUUUCAUGCAAGGUAUGGUUUUUCAGUGCCUUAUAUUAGAGCAGAUCCUUCAUCAUUUUAUUGAAAUGGUGUUCAAAAGUAAACUUUUUUUUAAAUGUGCUAGAGUGCCCAUUUUGUUUUGUUUUGAGGCAAACGAUUGGUGAAAAUCUCUGCGUCUCACUUCGCAGAAGAGUGCAAUACGUCUCAGUCUGGAUUUAAAUCCUAAAAAACCUGCUUUUAUUCCUGAAAUCUAAGACUGUAGAAUUACAGUUUGUGUAACAGCCGUCAAUUCAGUGUCAAUUCCACGUUUUAUUCGAUCUGUUCGAUCCGAUCAACUAUGCUCAGCACACUAUUCGAAUACAAUACCGUACAAGAAAUUCUUAUAAACAAGCAAGAGUCUGUGUCCGUAACCUUGAACAUUGCUGCAAUAUCCGUAAUGAUUCCGUAUAAACGUUCGAUUCCUUCGAUGUGAGUCUAGUUAACCGAUCCUUAUCCGACGAAAAAUAAAGGCGAAAAUAACAAGCUCUAAAAGAACAUGUUUGCCAAGGUUAGACCUAGUGUCGAAUGACAAAACCUUGGUGCAGACUGGACCUAGUGCACAGGAAACCUAACAUUUACAUGGCUCCCAUAAAAUGUUCAUCAUUUUAACCAAAACAAAUCUUACUCUGACUCGUUCAAAAUAAUAAAAUUGCGAAGCGUUCUAGGUAUCAUGUCUCUGACACAUCACAGUUCCUCAGGCUCCUCGUCAGGGAUUCCCGGUCAUCCUCAGGUGACUCUAGCGACAACACAAGUUUAUUGACUGGUCGAUCCAACACUGAUCCAGUUCCUGUUUGAACAGUCUCCGAUCUGACUUGGCCUUCAUCAUCACGUCGUGUGGUAAGCACAUAAGCCAUAGGCCACUUAUUCCUGCAAGAAUUGUUGUCCUUUAAUAGAACAAUGUCGCCUUCCCUGAAGUUUCUUCUCUUGUGUGUCCACUUUUGUCUCAACUGUAGGAUCUGAAGGUAUUCUCUACUCCAUCUAUUUCAGAAAUCGCCAGCAAUAUGCUGUAGGCGCCUCCAGCAACGUUUGCAGUAAGUAUCUUCUCGUUGAAACUUUCCUGGAGGGGGGAGAAGGAGCUUGGUUUUACCAGUAACUUCGGCCUUGAGGGUAGUGGCAACGGUGCGAGCGGAACACUUAAGGUCUCGGUGGUAAGAGGACAACUGUUGACAACAGCUUCCUCUCAGUUCACACAACAGAGUUCGCAAUGAUUCGUCGUUUACGCUGUGACCAUGCUGCUUCAUAGGUACUGCCAUAAUGUUCCGCACGGACCGAAUCACCCCUGAAAUUACUUGCUGUAGCAGGGUUUCUGAUCUAAUCAAUGUUCUCCUUAAGUAGCUCUGCCUUAAGGUGGCUCGAUACAGUUUUUCAAGGCCAAUACCUCCCAAGUUUGAGGAUAAUCUACGUCGCCAUAAACAAAGUUUUGGAAAAAUUGCCACCACAGUUGUAUUAGAUAAAGAUGAAAAUUUGUUAUGAUCAGGGUUGCAAUGACAUCGGAGUUGUCAUAGCAACGAAAUGACGCUAUUACCUAUUUUACUUACAGAAGUAUUUCUCGGCACUGGGAACUGUUCUUCCAAAAUCAUUUACGGGAGCUUUUUCCUCCAAUAGCCGCCUCGAUGUUAGUGAAGUUUAAGCGAAAUCUGUAAGAGCGUUAUCGAGAUAUUUUAGGAUAAAGAUUUUGUGGUUAGAAAUACGGUAAAAAAUGGAUAAUCUUGAUAUUCCACAAAAACUUCAUCCCAAAAUAUCUCAAUAACGCUCUUACAGAUUACGCUUAAAAUUCACGAGCAUCGAGGCCGCUAUUGGAGGAAAAAGCUUCCGUGAACGAUUUUGGAAGAACAGUUCCCAGUGCCGAGAUAUACUGCUGCAAGUAAAAUAGGUAAUAGCGUCAUUUCGUUGCUAUGACAACUCCGAUUCCGUUGCAACCCUGAUCACAACAAAUUUUCAUCUUUAUCUAAUACAACUGGGGUGGCAAUUUUUACAAAACUUUGUUUAUGGCGACGUAGUUUAUGCUCAAACUUGGGAGGUAUUGGCCCUGAAAAACUGUAUCGAGCCACCUUAAUUUUCUCAUCAUCCAUUUCCUGGAGCGCUACCUCAGCCCCAACCAAAUUAGACCCUUGGUCACGGGAAAGUUCUCUUAUGGGUCCUCUCCGACAGAUAAAGUGCCGUAAUGCUUGCAAGAAUGAAUCUGUUUCCAUGGAGUGGGCUACUUCGAUAUGUAUCGCUCGACUGGCCAAACUAGUUAAUAAGGCUCUGUACUUUUUAACUUCUUUCCUACCUUCUUUAGUAUGCCACCGACCGAAGUAGUCUACCGCUCAAUAAAUUAUGAAAACUGUGGCGCGGGUUCGACACGGGAACUUAAGAGUUUGGCCAUUUUCUGUUCUCCAAAAGUACCAGGGAGAUGUCGACACGUGACACACCUUGAUAUGAAGUGUCUGACCCUUAUUCCCAUUGAUAAUCCAGUAACCAUUCGAACGAACUUCGUUUAAGGAGAGAUCCUUUUCCGCUGUGGUUAGUUUUCUCAUGGGCGUGGCGGAGGACCAGCUCUGUAAUAUGACCAGUCUGCGGUAAAAUGACAAGGUUCUUAAGACUGUCUGAGAGGUUAGCCUUCUUUAUCCGUCCUCCGACUCUCAACAUUCCGCUGGCAUCCAGGUAUGGGUCAAGGGUGUUAAGGCUGGUUCUUUUCUUCAAAACUGCUUUCCUUUCCUUAUCAUGAUGACGAUCUUUAGGCACACUUUCGGUCUGGGUUUGGAAAUCUUUCAGAAUCUUGGUUUCUUUAUCGAAAUAAUUCGCUUACACGAGCGUAAGAAUUUCUGUUUCUGCUUGUCCAAGGUCUCUGACCAUAAAGGAAGUAGCCGGGCAACUUUCACAUUUACGGCUCCGUCCAUUAACUUGAGGACCGUCAACAGCUAGAGGUCCCUUAUCUGCUCUUCUGACUCUCAUCUUAAGACGUCGUUUGUAUUCCAUUCAAACAGCAACUGCGGCCUUAAGACUUGCCACUAGAAGAAUCUUUCGAAUCUGCUUAACAUUUUUUCAUGUUCUUCAAUCACUGUCGCGUUAGCGCUGACCUUUCUAACGUCAGGAGAAUUGUGAUGGACCUCGUUUUUCUAUGAGUCUUGUUGAGGCCGGUGAUCUUCUGUCUGCUACAAGAAAUCUGGGCGCUUAAUCUACUGCGACUUUUUGCAUAAACUCCUUGACCCUUCAUCUGCUGGGUUGGAUCCAGACUUCACGUAGCGCCACUGGUCUGGUGAAGUGUGGUCUCGGAUCAACUGCACUCUAUUUGCAACAUACAAUGGGAAUCUUCGAGACUCAUUGUUGAUGAACCCGAGGACAACCUUACUUUCAGUCCAGUAGAAGUCUUGGAGUCCAUCGUAGUCCAACUCUUCUUUUAGCAUGCUUGCAACCUUUACUGAAACGGUAGCGGCAGUUAGUUCAAGUCUUGGAAUAGUGACUGUCUUCAACGGUGCAACACGAGCUUUCCCCAUAACAAGAGAACAAUGAAUUCUUCCGUUUUUAUCAACCAGUCUGAGAUAAGAACAUCGUCCGUACCCGACUUGAGACGCAUCUGACAUAUUAUGUAACUAAGCAGUGGCAAUGCUUCCAAAAUCGGGAGACUGAAAGUUUCUUGGAAUGUUUAGCUGCCCUAAUAGCGGUAACUGACUUCUCCAUCUUUCCUAUUUGGCGAGAACCUCGAUUGGCUCGUUCCAGUCUUUUCCGUGACAGAUCUCUUGAAGUAUCUGCUUUCCAACAAGGACGACGGGUGCGACCAGCCCCAGAGGAUCAAAGAUCGAGCUUAUAGUUGCCAGUAUACCCCUACGGGUGCACGGCUUGUCCUUCGACUCUAUCCUGAAUUUGAAUGCGUCCGAUUCAAUGCAUCAUUCUACACCCAAUGCUCUCUCUAUUGGAAACUUGUCAGUGCCAAGGUCUAGGCUCUUGAUCUGGUUUGCUCUGUCUUCAGCAGGUACUGACAUCAUCACCUUUCUACUGUUGCUAACAAAUGUUGUUAGUUUGAAUCGCACACAUCUCUUUGACUUUAGCAGCUUGUACUAGUCCUAGAGGGUCCUUCUCUGUCGGUGCCGAUCUCAGAGCGUCAUCAAGGUAAAAGUUCUUCCUUAAUGUUUCGGCAGCUCUUGCACCAAACUCUCUUUCACCGUCUUCGGCUGUACGUUUCAAGGCGAAGUUAGAACACCCUGGAGAUGAACCAACUCCAAAGAGCUGCACUGUCAUGCAGUACUCUUGAGGUUCGUGAGUUAAAUCUCUUUUUGGCCACCAUAAGAAGCGAAGGAAGUUCUGAUCUUUCUGAUCUUCCUAUGGAACCUUGACUUGAAAAAACGUUUUCUCUAAGCCAGCCAAAAAGGCUAUUUUCUCCUCUCUGAACCUUGUAAGCACCCCAGUGAGCUUGCUUGUUAGAUAGGGCCCUUGCAAUAGGUGGCCAUUGAGCGAUUCACCCUGGUAGCAAGCUGAACAAUCAAAUACUACUCGUAUGCUCCCUGUUUUUUGGGGUGGUAAACCCCGUGGUGUGGUAAGCACCAGAACUUUCCUUUUUGACGGGGUAGCUCUUCAAACUUGACCUUUCGAGCAUAUCCCUUCUCUAUGAUUUCAGACAUGAAAGUUAUGAUUUCAGUCAUGAGCGCGAUACCUUUCUUCGCCUUGGAGUCUCUUCUUAAGGCCGUGAAGGCGUUGCUCUGCUUGAGGACGGUUAUUGGUCUCGUAAUGCAUGUCAUCUCUAUGAUGGAUUCCAUCUUCUACAAUCUUCAGGAACUGAGGAUCUUCUCUUGAUAAUGCGACUCCGUAUUUCCUUUCGGCAAAGUCCACCUUAAACAUUCGAGAAACCACUUGAGGGGUUAGCCGCUCCUUAAUCUCUGUCUGAGCGACGAUGUACCCCCUAACGUUAUCCUCCGUGCUGCUCUUAAUCCUCCGUGCUGAAUCUGAAUACGGUUACAAUGGACUUGUUUACUGCUCUUUUGGUUAACAGAACCGUUUACGUGCCAUCCCAGUAGUGUCGUACUGCAUAGGGUCCAUUCUUAUUUCCGCCGAAUCAAUGUCUCUUGGUCGCACUGCACUAGGGCAAUUUAGUCCGAGCAGGAGUCCUAUUUCCACGUCUUCCAUGUGAGGAGGUACGUGUUUUCUAAUUAUCUGCAAAUAGGACCAUCCUUGCAGCUCCUCGGGACGCGGAAUCUCAUCACGAUCUGCUGGAAUCCGUUAUCUGACGUAGGCUCUCGGUAGGGGUACGAUAACCUCGUUUUCUUGAAAGUGGGAAGCCAUUAGCUCAUCUACCGCUUUAGUGUCGACUUCUUGGGUACCAUGCAUAGUGGUGAGCAAAAGUUUGGUUUCACUUCCUUCAACACCAAGCCUUCCUAACGAGUGUUCUUUAAUGGAUGUUCCACCACUGGCAUUAUCAAGGAGGGCGUAAGCACAUCUUAUUGUUUGGAUUGUCCUUGGGGUACAACCGCGCUGGGAUUAUACCCAUAGCAACUGGUACAUCACCGGCAUCUGUCACAUUGCAAAUUGCAGUACACACGUUAACGACUCGCUCUUCCGUUUUCUUUUCGCUGACUUCCGAUUUCUCAUGUUGGCCUUUUCCACUUUCCGUUUUCACGUCUUCUGAUUUCCAGCUGUAAUCAUGGAGUGACGUUGGGUGUUUCUCAUUGUAAAUCUGACAGGUUUUUUUACCUUUGCAAAGCUUGGCAAUGUGUUCAGAAUUGUAGCAACCAAAGCAUAAACCUUUCUGUUUGAUAACGUCUCUCCGCUCCACUAACGGUUUUUUAAGAAACUCGGCACAUUCGUCAAGGUGAUGCGCCCUAGAGUACAAUGUACAGCUGAUGGGGUGAGAGUUUCCUCCACUGCCAUUCUUUCCUGACAAGCCUGUUGCGAAGUUGGUACCUCUUCCUCUCUUAGUUUUGCGUUCUCUCUGUUUAAGGUACUUCCCAAAUGGGUCCAUCGCUUUACUAAUGCCUUCCUCUGAGUAGAUCGGGUCUGUCGCUAAAUCGGCUUGCUCUUGAUACAAAUUGACAAAAGUCAUAAAAGCUGGCUGUCUGUCCCUUGACACUCCUAAUCCUGCUAACUCUUUCAGUCCACUUACUGCGUAGAUAUAGCGGCAGCUUUUCCCAUAACUGGCGCAUAACAUUGGCCGUGUUCAAGUCGUUCAUUUAUUGCGUGCCUUUCAUGGCGUUCCUUGCUUGCUCAAGUACAGUGGAAAAUUUUUGUAACCCUGUUCGGUCGUUAGGCUUAACAGCGGGCCAGCUCGAUAGCUUGGCGAUGUAUGCACUUGCGAUCUUGUAUGGGUGACCAAAACGUUUCUUCAAAAGCCGUCUAACCUCUGGACGAAUCUUCGCCUUUCAUUUGUAAAAAACCCUUUAUCAGUUCCUUCACCUUCCUACUAGUGUACCGAUCCAAGAAAUACAAGUGCUCACUACAAUCAUCUACCGUAGAUUCUAUGAGAGUUUCAAAGGCUGUUAUGAAUGUCAUAACAUCUCCAGAGAGAACGUUGGUGGCUUGUGACUAGGUAUGACGCUCGUAGCCUGUUGGGUAACAAUCAUUUCUGACAGUUCUGCCUGUUUCCUUUGAAUGUCAAGAUAGUCUUGAUGUAGUCUUUUACCUUCCACAGAGCUUCAAUCCUUUCCGAAACUGCACGUACAUUCUUUUUUGACAUGUGACAGGGUAUAAUCAGUGGGGGUUUCGUACUUGUGUUUAUACUCUUCUUCUUUAACGGAGACACUCUUUGGAACAAAGGGUCGGGCAGUUGGGUUCAUGCUAGAACCACCAAGGCUGGCGUGGUUACAGGAGUGGUCGUUGAACUGGUACUAACCAUAGCUGAACUUUGGGAUUUCACAGAAGGCACCUUUAGUGUAGCCUGAUCGGUUGUACCCUGGGUGAGAUGGGAGUAGAAGUGUGUUUAACCUUAACAUCUUACAAAUUCCUAUUCAUUCUGUCAAUGUUUGUUCCUCCUCGAAUUUCUCAUAAGUCUUUUCUUCUGCCUUUGCCUCUGCGAUAUGCUGUCUAUUUUCAAGCUCUUCAGCAGCCAUUCUUAGUGCUGGUUUCUGUUUUAGAAACGAUUCGUUAACCUUUAACGCUGCAGCUUUAGCUUUCCCUUCAACUAACUUAAACUUAGAAGAUGUUACCGAGGAGAGGGAGUGCCUUGAGCGACGAGAUGACUUACAUUUCACUGAGUGUGUAUCACGUAAAUCACCACGUAGCUUAUCUGCAUCAUUCAAAAAGCCAACAAUCCUUUACUUUAGCUGGAGCACAUCCUUUUCACGAGUGCCAAACCAUUCAAGAGCUAAUUUAAUUUCAUCAUCAUCAUCUGAGGCCUUGAGAUAUGCGUCAUGUGCUUCUGGCACUUCAACAAACAGCUGAUCUAAAUGAACAACUUCCGUACGCACUUGUUUUUCGUUCUCAAAAUCCGUUAACAAAGGUGAGAUUAAGUUCAUCUGCCUCGUUAAAUUAGCAAGUGCAGUUUUCCGAUUUUCCUUCAUCUUUUGAGUCUCAAAUUGCUUACCCUUUUCUGUAGGAAUCCGUUUUCGCACGUCCAUGUGAGUUUCUUGAGCCAAAACACCGGUCAGCGCCGAUAUCGCCCGAGGUGACGAGCAGAUUGUAUCGAGAUCCACAUCGACUUCGCGCCAAGUGCAAAGCCUUUCUUCAUCAGGGAACUCCGUUUUCCUUUGUAAAUCUUCUUCCUUGUCUCCUUCCAUGUGAUUCGCUUGUAGGUCAAACGGUAACAGCCGUCAAUUCAGUGUCAAUUCCACGUUUUAUUCGAUCCGAUCAACUACGCUCAGCACACUGUUCGAAUACAAUACCGUACAAGAAAUCCUUACAAACAAGCAAGUGUCCGUGUUCAUAACCUUGAAAAUUGCUGCAAUAUCCGUAAUGAUUCCGUAAUGUUCUAUUCCUUCGAUUUGAGUCAAGUCAAACGAUCCUUAUCCGAAAAAUAAAUGCGAAAAUAGCAAGCCAUAAAAGCACAUGUAUGCCGGGGCUGACCAAGUGUCGAAUGACAAAACCUCGGCGCAGACUGGGCCUAGUGCACAGGAAUCCUAACAUAUACAGUGUGAGCUGGUAUGCAAAUGAGGUAUUUAGGUAAUCUUCAUAACCUGAUGGUGUCGCGAAAAAUUUGUAGUAAAUUCUGUGUGUCCCUCUAUCUGCGGCACAUAAGCGGAUUGUUUUGAUCAGACAUCAAAGAAAAACUUCUCUUCUUAGCUUUUUCCUCAAGCUAAACAUUACUCUGCAAAAAUUGCUUUUUCAAUCAAAAUGAUUGCAUAAUUUUAAUAAAAAAACAAUCUUAGUCAAUUUUUUCGUGAAAUAUUAUGGGUCGCUAUGAAGUAAAAUAUUUUUUUCCGCAAAAUAUAUUUCCUGCCCUUUCAAAAAAGGUAUACAUGUAGCUUUCCAUGCUGCUGUAAAUACCUGCUGAGAUAUGAUUUUUUUUUUUUGAACAAGGUAAGUUUUGCUGAUUUUGGACCAGGGAGAAUUAAAUGAGUCAAUGCCUUGUGGGUGUGUGUAUUUAUACUUGUAGGACAUUAGGCUUGGAUCUUGUUGUUCGGGACCCUGAGGCCAACAUCAUAGACCCUGAUUCAACAGGCGUAAUAGAACUGUAUAGAAGGGUAAGGUUAAUAUAAAUAAGUAAGAAACUAUCUGUAUCUGUACAUUGUCAUAAAAAACCUGUGUGACCAAAGUCAGUUUAACUACUUGUCCUUAGGGCAAGCUGUAGCCAGCAUGUACAUUGUACUAGCCCAAAAGUCUUUUUGACUAACCCCCAAACUUUUUUUCCAAGCAAGAUUGAUAGCAUUUCUUCUGUAAUUUGAGCUCCUCCUAAAAACUCAGUCUUUUGCCCAUUGGGCAAGGUAAGAACAGAAUCCACUAGUCCAAUAGCAAAAUCCACUAGCCAUGGGUCCGCAGCUUCAAUGGACUUACAUUGUAUGGCACCAACCUCGUGCCGUGGUCCCUCAUGUUAUCAGAAGACGUAGUGAUAGUUACUGCAAAUUGAUUUCCAGUAAGGGUGCGGUAGUUGGGAAUUUCAAGACUACUGACAAUAACUGUAGGUUCUCUGAAACUUGUUUGGUUUGGCUUGCAACAGCACACUGCAUAAGUUGAAAGAAAGGAGGCAAUGCAAUUUGUGUUUUGCAUGUACAAAGAUGUGCAUGCUUGUAGUAGUACUACCAUCUUUCAUCGCCUUCUAGAACUAUUACUACUAUUUAUAGUAAAGUACUGUUAUCAGAUCUUAUCAUUUUUAGGUGCUUCAUUUAAAAUUACGUUUUUGCAUUUUCUUCCAGCAUGUAACAACUUCCAAUAGAAUAAAGACAACAGUAAGUUAUUUUUUAAACAUAUAUGUUAAUUAAAGAGAAAAUCUCUCUUCAAUACCACUGCAUGUUUAAGGAUGAUAAAACUAUAAAUUAAUAAAUAAAUUUAUGUAUUUGCGAAUUUACCACAAUUUACAUCAAUUACAAUGCAUUAUCAAGGAAUACUAAUAUAAUGAUAAGUUAUAUUAAUUACUUAGGAGGCAUUUUUUUAUUUGCUCUCUAGAGAUAAGAGAAAGAAAAAAAAGGAAGUAACAAAAAAAUGUCGAACUAAAAUGACCACUGCACUUCAUAUUCCACAAGGAGGUUUUGUCUUCCGUAUUGUCAAAGUUGCCGUCGAUACAUUUACUGUAUUCAGUUUUGGACCCCUCAACCAAUUCAAAAGUUUGGGCUUAAAAAGUCCAUUUUUAAUUCUUUGACAUUAAUACACUCCAACCUUACACAACCUCCAGUGAUGUAUCUCCAUUGUAUCUCUUCUGUCAUCUCCAAUUUUAAUGGUCAUAGAUUACUUUGAUUACUGACUUAUGCAGGGGGACGAGAUCUUUCAACUUGCACCCACAUGUUUGGCAUCUUCAUUCAAUCAGCCCAUGUGAAAAUGCCAAAAAAAAUCUUUCUAAGUUUUACUAGCAAAUGCGAAUGAAAUUCUUGUUUACCAGUAUAUAGUGUAGAUACUGUAUAUAAUCCUCAUUCAUCUUUCAAAAAGUUUUGGCUGAACUUGAAACUUUGAAAGCUGUAAUUUGGUAUCAGGAACUAUAGUUACCGUAGUGCUCUUCUAUUUGUAAACACUUUUUAGCUACAGAUGGUGUCCAGAAAACUGCUCAAAUUUCUAGUUCUUUCGGCAAAAUGUCCAGUUUUGAACGGGUUAUUCCUGUUAAUGAUACGGUAAGCUACAAUCUAACGUAUUUUUUUUAUCAUAUUUUUUUUCUUUCAGUCAAGAAUUGAAACGCCCAAGAAAGAAGUUGCAUUUUAUACAACACACAGUGUUUAUGCAAACAUCAAACUUGUAGUGUGCAUUACAACAGAUGACGCACAGGUGUUCUUGUCACUUUACGAUGCCAAGGAGGAGCGCUUUAUAAGGUACCAGUACAUGUGUAUCAGGGAACUGAAAAGGUAUUUUCGGGAUCCGGGAUUUGACCUAAAUAUAGUGCGGAUUCGGGAAACUGCAAAAAUUCUUGACGGGAUACGGGAUUUGACCGCUGCUCGGGAAGCGGGAUUCGCUGAAAUCUUAGCUCGGGAUGCGGUCUUGGGAAAGAAAACGGUAUUCUGGGUGGAGAUUACAGAAGUUCGGGGUGAGGAAUUGUCGUGAAAAAGCAGCGAGAAUGCGGGAUCAGGAGGACCACCGCAUACUCUGAAAAACAGUGUUCUUACAAAGCACAUGAAAACAAAACUGGACCACACCAACAACAGCAACACUGGAGAGCACAAGAGUAGACUCUAAGGGUUGCUGGAUUACCAUCGGUGUCUCAAAUCUUUAUAUAUCCGAUUUGAAAAGCUUUUAAAACAUGUGAAGACAUAAGAACAAGGUGAAACAAAAAAGCCAUUACCAUCGAAAGAAAAGCGGCUUUGAGGAUGAUCAACCAUUACAAUUUCCUUAAUUGAACAAAGCUGGUAUGUCAAAAUUUAUGGUAACUGGUCAGACUGGAAUUUUGUAAAGUAAGGUGUACCGCAGGGUUCCAUUCGGGGCCCACUUCUUUCUAAUAUAUUUCUAAACGACGCCAAUUUUUCAUUUUUGUCAUACUUAUACUCAUUUUAGAGCUGUCUAUAGAGCUUGGUUGACAAACGGUUAACCCUUCGAAAUUUGGACCUGUAGACCUUGCCAUUGGAUUGCUUCCCUUAGAAACAAUCUUUACAGUACUCCACGUUGACUCGUAGCAAAAACGUGCUUCCCUGCAUUUAAACGUGGGCAACAUUAAAUGAAAUAGGUUUAUUAAACCCUUUUGACGUGUUCGUUCGUAUUUUCCUUGGCCUAGUCCAAACGCGCGUAUCCAGAUAUUUUUUAAAAUGGAGGUUUUUUUCUACGUUUUCAAAACAAGCGUAUUCAAAUCGUUUUGCGUAUCCACACUAAAACGCCAAGACGAUGCAAAUAACACGGAGUCGGAGUCGAGAGCGGGGUCAUAAGAGCGGAAUCGGAGUCAGAAGAAUCAGAACAUUUCCGUUUUCUUCCGACUCCGCUUACGACUCGGUCGCUUACGUUCCGCUUAUGAUCUAGUGAAAACCAGGCUGUCGGAGUGGGAAGCAGAAGUGGAAGGAUAAACCAAUCAAUAUGUACGUUCCUACGCUUUGUGAUUGGUUUAGUUCUUCCGUUUCAGCUUUCGACUCCGACAAUCAGGUUUUCACUUGAUCAUAAGCGGAACGUAAGCGACGAAGCCGUAAGCGUAAUCGGAAUGCUGUUGUCACUAGAUCAUAAGCUCUACGCUUCUGAUUACUACUCCGACUCCGUCGCUAGUGAAAACCAGCAUUUACAGACCGUGCGCUGUAUGAUGUACAAACUAACAUCUUCGUAUUUGGAAACUGCCGUUUUAGUCCGUCCACACGAAAAAGGCAAUCUGCGGUGUUUAAUUAACAAAAACAAAAUCCACUCUGAGGUCCGUUUUCAAAAACCUGGGUUUUGGUGCCCAAAAUGGCCGUUAACUGUUUGCGUGUCCUACAAGGUUUGGACCCAAAAAUGACGGGAUGCGUGUACAACGGAUAAAUAUCUUUUUCUUAAAUAUCCCGGAUGCGUGUGGAACCGCCCUCGUUUCUCGCCUCUCGCGGCUUCGGGCCUUGAAGAAAAAUUUAUUAUGUACGAAACAUUUGGUGAUGUCUUUGUGUUUGCAAUUUUCUACUGACAGUGAGCAGUAUCUUGUUGCAUGGGAUAGAAAAGGGAUGCCAAAAGAUAUUGAUAGGCUCAACAACCUCACAGUCCUGUUUACUGUAAGUGUUUUGUUAGAAUUUUGGUCGUUUCGUCCCAAAGUCGAUUUCCCCGUAGGCGUUUCGCCUAGCCUGCCAGAGCAGACUGCUUUUUUCCGCUGUCGGCGGGUGAAACAAAGGCCGAAAAAGGCGUCUGCUCUCGCAGGCUACGUUUCGCUCGGACCUAAGUCGACUCUUCCGAUGACUGGCGUUUCUUAACGGAAACUCACAGGUACAUUGAUCGUGGCCGCCAUCUUGAAAGAAAAAAAAAAAAGGACUACGAGAGAGGGGGGAAAUGGAAAUGGGGAAGAAAAAGGAGAGACUCCCCCCGCCAUAUUUUAGACCGAUCCCUCUCCCCUCUUCUAUUUUAGACCCAUCAACCUCUCUCUUGAAAUCAGUUUUAACGUCCAAGAUGGCGGGAUAGCAUUAUUCCCGAAAAAAAAAAAUCAUCAAUCGCGCUGCAAAAUACGCCUACUUUGCAGGCUACCCGAUGACAAACAACACUCUACAGACUCCAACACGGUUUUGCAGGGAUGUCUAAUGUUUAAAACAACGUCAAAAACUGCCAAAAGUCAAUUUACUUCGUGUAGGUAUCACGCAAAAACUAAGACAACGAUGACUGUUGAUUCGUUUUCUUUUAAAUCAACGUAUUGUGCUUUUUUUUCACGUUUGACCUCAGGAUCUUGGAGCAAAAGACCUGAAAAGAGAACAAGUAUAUAUCGUCUGCCAGAUCGUUAGAGUUGGUCAGUCUUUUUUUUAUCACUUGUUGACGUUUCCUGUUUUGUUAUUGGAUGUUAUAGUAAAACAAAGCAUUCUUUUGUCUUUGAAGAUUGUAGGAUCUCAGCAGAGCUUGUAUGGUCAUUAAACUUUUUAAAUUGUUUUAGGCCGAAUGGAUAUAAAGGAGACACCCAGCAAAAAAUUGACUCAUAAUCUUCGAAGACCAUUUGGAAUUGGCUGUAAGUUACAGAGCAACGGUUACUCCUCCAAUUACAUUAUGACGUUCUUCAACUAUAUUUGAUAUAUUUGAGGGAAAAAAUGUGACCGCACUCGCAACUUUAGAAACGAGGAUGGAACUGGAACCGAAAUGCGUCACGCAUUUGUUUCCGAGAUCUUUUAUAGGGACGUGCCUGUCAGCUAUUGGCCAGGACGCUAUCACCUCGUUAACUGGCUAUUACGAAGUUGCGCGGGAAACUGGAUCAAAAUUCCCGCCCCAUCUAAAUAAACAAUCCCAUAGUGCAAGUCAACACAACACCGACCAACUCUCACGGUAUACUUCAAAGUGACCAAUAAUAGAGAUGUCUGGCUGAGGAAGUUUAAUAACAAAGCGUUUUUUUGUGACUGGGAUCAUGAAGAAGUGUCCACCUAUUAGAGUUGUCCCUUAGGUGAUGUUACACGGGACGAUUCGCAACAACUAUUUUUAGCGAAACACGACGUUGCAACAUUGCUGCGACAUUGAUUCAAAUGGUUGCAACAUUGUUCCAACAUUACAAUGCUGUGUUCCGCAAAAAAAUCGUCUUUGCGAAUCGUCCCGUGUAAUACCACCUUUAACAAAGCUUUUAGUAUCGGUAAUUUUGUCACAAGGUAACUUUAGCAAUGGAAUUGAUUAAAACCCCAAAGGAACUGCUAAGAAUUUUACCUUUUUUCCUCCUGUCUUCAUUAUUGUUAUAAAACUGAAUUGUCUGGUUUUCAGUGUUUUUCAUUGGCGACUUAUUUAAUGGCACUGCUCAGUAUGACGAGGACAAGGAACAUUUUCUUCAACUGCUACCGUAAGUAAAAACGAUGAUUAACUCCGGAAAUUUGAUUUUGAUUAAAACAUAGAUUGAAAAUUUACGUAAUCUCAUUCAACGGCGCGAUAGCCUGUGUUCAGCUGUGCCCUCCCCUCAAACAAAAUUAUACACGCUGAUCAUGUUGGUUGUUGAUGUAAAUGAGUACGACUAAAUGGUGGAACGCAUAAAUGUUGGCGCAAAACUGUCCAAAGUGUAGUCCACUCAGCGCGCUUAAGCUACUACAAGUACCUUGUAUUUGAAUUCUGCUGUCCCAAGACGCUAAUACGGCGAUACAGUAUAUCUGUUCAUCAAAUAGCAGAGUUUAGCACACCUCAACUGUACACUAUCCCUCUCUAAUUCUUCAUAACCAGCUGGCGCUGAGCAAAUUUGGAAGAUGUUUAGAUUAUACUGUCAUUGACGUCAGCACUCUUACAUCAAUGAUUGUAUAUUAAAAAUUAUUCACGAUUUACGUCACGUAAGACAAUCGCGCAGCAGCUUAAUUGUUUUGGCAUGAUUGCGGAACUCAAGAAAAGGGCGAAAGAGUUUACAGCUACCGUUAUGCGAAGAUGAAAUGGCAAUCGCAUAUCAAUAGCAUUUUUGCAAGCGAAAAACAUGCGCUCAUAUUCAGAAAUUGCCGAGAAACAGCGUGGCGAAUGUUUUCAAGAAAAUCGAGGCAACGAUGUCAGGGGUAACGUGGCAUUUUGAUGACCAACCUUCUCGUGUUUCAGAAUUCCAGAGAAUCAGUCAUUUGACUCUUGGAUAAAGAGAAUGAUUGCACAGCCGUCAGAGGGAAAUAAAUCUGGACAAGGUAAAUUACGAUGUUACAAUAUCAAAUGAUUAUAGAGAACAGAGGUGGAAAGGGACUGAGGGGCAAAACUACCUUUAAGGGUGUGGUCACACUGUUUCAUUUGUUGACUAAUAAAUGGUGCAUUUCGUGUUCAUCACAGUGUAUCAUUGCAUGUUGAAAGUUGUUAUGCCCAGUAGGCUAUUUGACAUGUUGGUUCUUGUUAAAUAUGUUUGAGCGAGGGUAGAAAAUGAAUCAUUUAUGUUCAGCAACUGCAAGAUGCAAAGUUGAAAAGGGACUUACGCAACAAUGGAAAUAAGUAGGCGAGCUGUGCACUCAGGCGACUGAAUGAGUAGUUUGCAUCACGAAGUCGGUUGUAACCUUAACCUAUUUGUUUGAUUUUUGUACACUUUCUGAUACUAACCGAAGGGUUUGUAAAAACAUGUUAUAGUGGCAUAAAAUGAAAACGAUCUACUUUUAGUCCACGCUAUCUUUUGUCAGCGUUCACCCCAUGAUGAGGAAAGGUAGUGGAAGAAUCAGAGCGCGCGCUUCAGUUUUGUUAUGUUUUACCAUCGCUUUUCUACUCAUAGGCAUUCAUAUUUCAUUAAAGCUUCUUUCGGGAGAUGUUGAGCAGGUGAGGAUUUCAUGUCUGUAUUUUUGGUCGUCUUAACUAAAAGGGAAAGGCACUUUUGAAUCAUUAGUCGUAAUAAUAUACAUGGAAACAUUUCUUGAAUCUAAUUGGCUAAGAGUAAACUCCGUGCAGAAACGAGGAAAUUUAAUGCAAAAGUAAGAAUAUGAAAUGGAAAUAUCUCAGAGAAUGGAGUAUUGUGAUUGGCUGAUAAACAAUAGAAAUAAAUGAAAACCAAUCAGGUGCCACAAGUUACGUGCAACCUUAAAAUAGCCAAAGAUGUGCUCCUCUUAUGAGGGGGCAGCAGUUUCUAGGGUCUAUUGGGUUCCACUAAUUUUGGCCGGUAAUUUUUUUCAUUUAUGUUAUUAAUGGGUAACCCUACGGAUUUUUUUCGUUUAAAUUGGAAUGUAUUUGCACUGGUGUGUUUUUCGAAAGCCAUGAUACUUUUUGAAAAACACACUCUUGCUAGUAAAUCUCAAAUUGAAUUCGAAGUCGUAUGAUUACCUAUACGUAAUAUGUCCAAUAUUCUAACUAAACCACAAUUUUCUUUUUUCUUUUCUGCUUUCGAUGACCAAGAUAAGAAUGGAUUGCAGCUUGAAAUAAUUGGGCCACUUUUGUUCACAUAACUUUUCUUUCGUUGAAAGAAAAAAAUAUGGGAAAUUUACUGUGACAUUGCGCCUUUAAGGUUGCUCGAUACAGUUUUUCAGGGUCAAUGCCUCCCAAGUUUGAGUAUAAACUACGUACCACAGUUGUAUUAGAUAAAGAUGAAAGUUUGUUAUGAUCAGGGUUGCAAUGACAUCGGAGUUAUCAUAGCAACGAAAUGACGCUAUUACCUACUUUACUUGCAGUAAUAUUUCACGGCACUGGGAACUAUUCUUCCAAAAUCGUCCACGGGAGCUUUUUCCUCCAAUAGCGGCCUCGAUGUUCGUGAAGUUUAAGGGAAAUCUGUUAGAGCGUUAUCAAGAUAUUUUGAGAUAAAGUUUUUAUAGUUAGAAAUACGCUAAAAAAAUGGACAAUCUUGAUGUUCGGCUGUUAUCUGUGGAAAACGAAGCGCUUUUGAUAGGCAAUUUCACCUCAUAGUAGUUUCAACCUUUUCAAAAACGGGUGUGUAAGAUUGCUAGAAAGAAGUUAGUCAGCGGUUUCGUAAACAUUUAGGUUUUUUUUAAAAAAAAAAUCGUGAUUCUACUGUAAUUGUCUUUUUUGACAGAUACGAGAGGAACAUCCACUUCUGGUAACAAAGCAGACAUGCAUUGCUCGCAAACUUGGUUUUCCUGAAGUCAUUAUGCCAGGUAACUAUCACGUUAGUGUCUUCUUAUAGUUGAGCCUUUCAGUAAACUGAGAUGACCAAAUGAUGUCAGUGAUACGUUGAAUUUAAUAUGAAAACAACGUUUUGGGUAGUUAUGCUUUUUCUUGACUGCAACUGAUUUUGACCAAUUAGCGCUUCUUUUAUCUUAAAGCGAGAGUUUUCAGUCCCCAGGAGCGAACGAUUUUGAAAAGGGGACGUUUACACCUUCCCCGCCCCCCCUGCUUUUUUGAGGAUGCAGUAGAAGGCCCUAGAAUUCGCCUUUUAGAAUAAGUUCUGGGGCACUUGCGAGUCAUAGGGUGCAAGACAAGGGGUUAGGGCCAAGAAAAGAGAAAAGGUUAUGAAAACGAGAGACAGCCAUUAGUUGUGCUUGACCGCUCUUGCCUUACCCUUCCCCCCAACUUUGACCUUUCUCCUUUUGCAUGCCCUCACCUUACGUAGUCCCUGUAUGGCGUUUUCCCAGGCCCUCUCGGUCAAUUCACUUUGGUGACGCAUCCGAGGCGAACGGAUCACGUGACCCGAAAUACAUUGGCCGCGCGGAAUAAUGAGUCCUAAGGACUAGACAAGGUCUCACCCAUAAUUCCUCUGCUUUCAAAGAUGGUGGUUCCUCAGUCUACAGAUUUGCGACUGUUAGUAGUGAAGACGUCAAAGGGGAUUUUGAAACUCAGGUCUCGGCAAAAUGUUGGACUCAACAAUUCUUUUAACUGUUUCUUAACAUCUUUUACUAGGUGACCUUAGGAAUGAUCUUUAUCUGACUCUACACUCGGGCGAAUUUGAAAGAGGUAAGAAUAAUAAAAGCAAAUUUUUGUAAGUGUUUUCUUAGGAUGCGCGCAAAGACGAAGGCCCAUUAUAAAAAGAACGCAGCUCCUUUCACCUUGGGACAGGACUCGUAGUUCAGCAUCGUUUCAUAUUUUUUGCUAGGCAUCAACCCCGCGUAAGGUAAUCCAAGACAAACUUGGAUCCUGAAUCCCUCGCUCUGGAUUCCGGAUUCCAGUCGUUAGGGGGAUAUUGAAUCCCUAGACCUGAACAAUCCCGGAUUCCAAAUCCCAGGAUUCCAGAUUCCACAACACUAAACAGGGAGCGAUGGCUUGUCGAGUGAGUAGAAAACAAACUCAGUAUUUCAAAAGACUGUCUGACCCCAGAUUCGAAUUGGACAGAAGCAAAAAAGAAAGAUCUAGUGGUUAUUUGCCCCUUUUGCCCAAUACACCCUUUCACAUGACGUCACGUGCACUAUGGUGGUCCUAAACCAGUCCUUUGAGAGUUGGACUCUUUUCUUGUGCAAAUGACUUUUUUGUUGUGAUAAACUUGCUUAGCUGCUGUACGCGUGAGUAAUGUGUUGCUUAAGGUAAAUAUAUUUGUUUAAUAGGUAGAAAAACAGCAAAUAAAAACAUCGAGGUUACAAUGGAAGUUUUGUCUGAUGAUGGCAAAGUUCUUGAAGUAAGAGAAAUUCAGUUUCACGUUCUUAUUUUUGGUAUUAUUUACAGGGAGUCCAUCCGGUUUUGUUCAAUAAGGGAGGGCGGAGUCAGUUUGAUUCUUAUCAUGUUGUGUGUCCAAAGUCUUUUCUUGCCUUGUACCACCCUGUUCCAGGCGUUAAGAUAGCGGGAACGACGCAAAGAAAAGUGAGCGGGAAAAACAGCGAGGGGGGUCCAUUCCGCGGUACUCUCCACAUUAGAUUCCGUGUUGCCGUGCAUCUCUUUAGUAAUCGAUCACAGAUGACGUCAAAAUGUGUUUAAAAAAAAAAAAAACUAGUGGCACACAAGCUGCAGGCGAGUGUGUCACUGAAAUAAUCUUACAAAUAUUUUCAGAACCGCGCGCCAUGAUGAAGAAAGCAAAGAAAACAAGUUUCCCGUGCCGUCAUCCAUGUAUCUGUACUCUAAUAGCUCAUGGGCAACGACCAAUCACAGCGCGCUAGUAUUCACAUCACUGUAUAAAAGAGUGUUUAUGGCUAUAAUACCUAUAGGUGUGUGGUAGUCAGUCACUGAAAUCUAUACAUGAUAAACCUCGUCAACAAUACUAUGAAACAGGUAUUAAUGGGCUCCUACAAAGUAUUUAAUGAUGUUUAGAUAAUGUUUUUUUAAUUAUUGUGUUACAGAAUGUUAUCAGUAUUGGGGCAGGAGAGGAACUUGUCAGUCAGUAUCGUUCGGUUAUUUUCUACCAUAGCGGCAAACCGGAAUGGGUGGAAACCAUUAAAGUAAGUUAUACACUUUGUGUUCUCGAGUCUUGUUUGAAAGCUAACACCGAAGAGUUUGAGCGGAUCAUUUAUGGCCAGGGUCGAUUCUUGUCUCACAAUUUAUCGCGCGACAAAAGAGGCGUUUUGAUUGCCACCCCAAAUCUCGCGGGUAAACAGUUAGAGAUUUCAGGGCGGUUUUUCGCAGACAUGUUGCUUAAAAUGAAAUAACAAUUUUUGUCGGCCAAAAUUGUUUAGAACACGGCAUGUAAGUGUAUGUUUGAAAAUACCACUUUUUCUAAAAUCCCAGGCAGAUGCAAAAAUAGAAGUAAAAAUGGCUGGUCUUGUCGCUCGAUAGAGUUAUCGGUGUAAACAUCCUUGGGAAAGAUGAGCGCAACAUAUUCGCUCCGUCGAGGCCUUCUGUUACCUCGAAGGACUUUCAUAACGUUUGUUAAGUCUCGUUAGAAGACUAGAUCUUUGAAUAAUUCGUAUUCUCUUUGAGUAUCCUAUCAACUUUCGGCAGUUUUUGGACAAAAUUUAUCAGAGUGUAAAGCAGACAACGUUGUGUUCUUGGACACAGGGUUCCUUGAGAUUAUUUGUUCCUUUCGCAUGUCCAGUUUAAAAAGAGCAAUUCUCAAAAGUUCACAUAAUUGAUCUUUUUUAGUUGGUGAAUAAAAUACUCACAAGAGUGAUAAUUCAAAGUUUACACAAGUCACUUACGUGUUCACCCCUUCACCAUCAGUCUAUUAAAAACAUUUAGAUUCGAGGACAAGGACAACUACCAGGACGAAAGUUAACUUUUAAGUUUUUUCGCAUUUUUUUAAAAAUAUUAAGCCCAGAAAGCUUCAUUGUUAAUUUUUUUUUUUUUUCACCAAAAAAGUUAGCACGGUUAUUUUAUAUUGACGGAGUUUAAGCCUUCUCCCGAUCACAAAAUGAUGAAACUUCUUACAUUUGAUAACUUGUUUCUACCACUACGACAUGCUCGCUAAAAACGGUCACGGUAUUAGAAUGAGGACGGCUAUCACGUUUUGCCGCCAAAAUGACGCUGGUUCACGCGCUCGCACUCUCGUCCUUGCAGUCGUCCUGGUCUAAAGGUCUCUAAUUGCAAAAGAGAGGAACGGCAUAAAGCGUCAGCGACAUCGGAGCGAACCAAACGCGAGGGGGUGGACGUGGGGAGCCAAGUUUCCUCUCUCUCUCCCUCUUCCUACCUCUGCAUGUGCAUCCAGUUCUCCCGCUAAUAUUUCACACUUGUUUCUUCGUUUUGGUUUUCAGUUAGUCAUUCCAAUCGAGCAGUUCCAAGGAUCACACGUUAGAUUUCUGUUUAAACACAGAUCUGCAAAUGACGGUAUAUUAUUCAUUUAUUUAUAUAUUUAAAGGGUCGUUGUCAAUGCAGUUUAGUCCAUUUUGUGUGGCUUAACCAUUAUUAGUAUCAGCUUAGAAACUUGGUUUGUAGCGUUAUGCUAGUGAGUUUACGGAACAGAACGGCAGAAAGGAGAGGACGGCAAAGCGUUUAUGUGCGACAAACGUGACAGAGCUAUCACUUACAUGUUUUGUCGUGAUUUGCGUAAAAAGUUUGGUUAAAAGUUUGUUUUUUUUAAACAUUAUUAUUGUCACGCUUGUCACACAAGGUUUACCGUUUUCUUUCCUCUCCUGUUUUUUUGCAUAAGUUCAUAAACAGCAGAGAUAACUGGAAAACUGAUAGGCUGAACAAUUUUCAAACCUGAACUGUGAUCUUUUUUACUAUUCUCCAGUUUUAUGUAAACGCGCUUUUUUAUGUAUUUGCCGUGUUUUCCAAAUGUUCUUUUUUUUUUGUCUAAAAUGGGUAUUUUUAUAUUCACUCAGUUUGGUGGCUAGUUCCUAAUGACUGAAUUUGGCUAAUAUCCGGGACCAACUUCCUUCUGUACUGAGCACAUUUAAUUUGCAGCAGUUUUUCGCGAAGUAAUAGUCCUGUCAAUCACAGUACAUGCAGAAUAAUCAAAUCUCGAAGUAGGCACGUGUAGCAGGCGGAAUGCGUGGGAAAAAAACAACAAAAAAACAUUCCGAGCAGGUCAACGUUUCUUUUGACUCAAUUGUUUCUGAUUGGUGAAAAAAGAUGACCGAAAUUGGACACUCGCUGCAUUGGAUGGCAUCUCUUACAACAACCACUCAUCUCGACUCGCGGCUUUCCUCACAAUUCUACAACAUUGCA